AUGUCAUUUUCAUAUUCAAAAAACUUCCUAAAAAGGUUCUGUGUGGAGGACUUUCAUACAAGUAAUGAAACCCAAAGUGGUUUCUUCUCUAGUGAUCUCCUGCCAUCACUUGGAGCUCAAAUCAACCAGGCAAUAAAAAUUAGAAAAUACAUAAUUUCCCCAUUCAACCCGCGUUAUAGGGCCUGGGAGAUGUUUCUUGUUCUCUUGGUUAUUUAUUCGGCCUGGAUUUCUCCAUUCGAGUUUGCAUUUUUGCGUUACAAAAAAGAUGCCCUGUUGUACAUAGACCACGUUUUCGACAGCUUCUUCGCCAUUGAUAUUCUUCUCACCUUCUUCGUGGCAUAUCUUGAUAGCCAAUCUUACCUUCUAGUUGAUAAUCGUCGAAAAAUAGCGUCAAGGUAUCUAUCCACCUGGUUCAUCUUUGAUGUCUGCUCAACAGUACCAUUUCAAUCUAUCAGCCUCCUUUUCACAGAUCACAAUGGUGGAUUAGGGUUUCAAUUUCUCAGUAUGCUUCGACUUUGGCGUCUCAGAAGAGUCAGCUCCCUGUUCGCACGACUCGAAAAAGACAUCCGGUUUAAUUAUUUCUGGACUCGGUGCACAAAGCUCAUCUCUGUAACUUUGUUCACGGUUCAUUUUGCUGGGUGCUUCAACUAUAUGAUAGCAGAUAGAUAUCCCAAUCCCACAAAAACUUGGAUUGGUGCAGUUUAUCCUAAUUUCAAAGAUAUGAGCCUUUGGGACAGAUAUAUAACUGCAAUGUAUUGGUCCAUAGUGACAUUAACCACAACAGGUUAUGGGGAUUUGCACGCUGAGAACCCAAGAGAGAUGCUGUUUGAUAUCUUUUACAUGCUAUUCAAUUUGGGAUUGACUGCUUACCUCAUAGGGAACAUGACAAACCUUGUAGUUCAUUGGACCAGCCGCACCAGAAACUUUAGAGAUACCAUUAGAUCUGCUUCAGAGUUCACAAAACGAAACCGUUUGCCUCCACAUAUACAUGGGCAACUUUUGUCACACAUAUGUCUCAAAUUCAAAACAGAAGGAUUCAAACAGCAAGAGGCCCUCAAUGGACUGCCCAAGGCCAUUCGUUCCAACAUUGCUCAUUAUCUAUUUUACCCCAUUGUUCAAAAUGUCCAUCUCUUCCAAGGAGUUUCAGUAGACUUCCUUUUCCAACUGGUCCCAGAAUUGAAACCGGAGUAUUAUCCUCCUAAAGAAGAUGUGAUUUUUCAAAAUGAGGCCCCAACAGAUGCAUAUAUACUUGUCUCAGGAGAAGUGGAGCUAAUGUCAAGAAUUGAUGGGCAGGAUCAAGUCCUAAGAAAGGCUGCAGCAGGGGAAAUUUUUGGGGAAGUAGGGGUUUUAUGUGGAAAGCCUCAGCCUAUUGGUGUCCGAACAACUGAACUUUCUCAAAUAUUACGGCUGAACAGGAAAGCACUACUAAACAUUCUUCAAGCAAAUCCAGCAGAUGAACAAACUAUUAUGAACAAUCUUUUCCUGAAACAAAAUAGAUGGAGAAGCAUAGACGUCGAGGGUUACCAUGAUCCAAGUUUGAUCCAAAGUAAUUGGCUAUUUAAAUCUAAAGGCAUACAUGACCCAGUAUCGAGUUAUGAAAAUAAUAGGAAUUUAGACGAAAACAAAAUUGAGUUAUUUGGGCCAGAAAUGGGUGAAAAAACCAGGAUUAGUCAGCAUAUAGAAAAUGGGGAAACUGCUUAUGGCAACAGUCAUCAUCGCAAACAAACAUAUAUCAGCUCAAGCAGUCUUACGUAUCCAAACAGCGCAGACGUAUUAAAAUCAGACAAGAAGAGAGUCACCAUUCACAUGAAGUUUCAAAACCACAAGCAGUCUGGGAAGCUAAUAAUUCUACCUGAUUCACUAGAAAUGCUAUUUGAAAUAGCAGGUCAAAAGUUUGGAGAGUACAACGUUACAAAAGUUGUAAAUGCAGAGAAUGCAGAAAUUGAUGACAUUAGUGUUAUACGUGACGGGGAUCAUUUGUUUCUGCUGCCGAGCUAG